CGGUUAAAGCCCUUUAAUUCAUACUUCCUGGAUAAUGAUAUACCACAGAAAGCAGUCAGACAAUAAUCAAUGUGAAACAAGUUUUUUUGUUUGAAGAUGAUGAAAAUGGUUUACAAACCCUUUUGUCUAAUGGUUGCUUUGAUUAUUAGUAAAACAGCGUCACAGAAUCUGACAGUAACAUCGGCAUGCAUUGAACCUGGAACAACGUUGCAACUGACUUGUAAAACAACUGAUUUCGCUAGUGCCGUCCUUUUCUACUUGAACGGUAUUAAUAAAGGUGGUUGCACUACUAUAUCAUGUGGUACAUCAAUAUCAGGCUAUACCACACCGACUCAAUCAGGAACAUCCACUGAAAUGACCAUCAGUAAUUAUAAUCACUCAAGGGAUGGAGGUGAUUGGACAUGUAGUUAUGGAGUUUCAACGUCAAGUCCGUAUACAGUCGAACUUGGAAAUUGCGAAGUAUCUACGGAGGGAUCAACAGAAGGCAACUCAUCUCCUGGAGACAGUUUAGGAGGAAGUGCAAUAGCAGGAAUUGUAGUUGCCAUUGUGUUCCUUGGUGUACUAGUGAUUAUAUUAAUAGUUAUGUUAUGGAGACACAAAAAAACAGCAAAAAAAGAAGCUACAUGCAGUCAUUCAAUUAAUUUGUUUGAUAAUUCGAAUGUGGACCUCUCAAAGGUUAUGACAGUCGAAUGGAUACAUGAGCUGUUUAGAAAUGAGGACCUAAAGUCUAAAAGCGGACAACCUUCAAUUAUUCCUUGUGUUUCAAUGGAACAUUCUGGAAAGUGGACAUGCACGAUACAAUUUAAAGAAUCAAGACAAUCGAAAACCAUUAGCCUUUAUCUGACGGUAAAUGCACUUUCAAUGAAAGCUGCAUCUGCGUAUCCAGUUAAUCUUUUAGAAAAGUUACAAUUUAUCAGGAAUAGUGAUUCAGUAAAAUGGACACAUAACAGUAAUCCAUUUGUAUGUGAUCAGGAUAUGUACAAGAACGGGAAUGUGAACAAUCCAUCUUUGAAUAUUAUCUGUGUAUCCCUUGAGGAUUCUGGAAAGUGGCAAUGCAAGAUGGAAUUUGGUGGACCAGGACCACAACAAACGAAAACCUUCGAAGUUCAUCUACAAGUCAACGGAAAACCAAUGGAAGCGACUGUUAGUUCAAAAGUGGAACUGUUACCUGAAUUGCUUGAGAUCAACGACAUUAAGAUAGUUGACUGGCAACAUAAUAACGUUAAAGUUGGCACAAGAUUGCCUCCUUACACUAUUGAAUCGGUUUCCCUUGGCGACUAUGGAAACUGGCUCGGCACUUUGCAUUUUAGAAAUAAAGAAAAAUCAGUGAAAAAAUUCAGUGUUGAACUAAAGGUAUUGGCUAAAUAGUUCACCACCACCUAUACGGUAUUUGAACCACUAAGCAUCUUACAGAAUAUGACAUUUUCUAUUUAACAUAUGGUUUGUUUCCAAAAUUAAGAAAAUGAGGCAAGAGUUUUGUAACAAUGUAAAAUUUAGUAACAUGUUAAUUUUGAAUUGUUCAUUGGUUUUUGAUUUGUUUAUUUUUGAUAUAAAUUAUGUGACAUUAAAGGUUAUAAUGCUAUUACAUGUACCUUGCAUCUGCCGUACGUAAUUUGAUAAAAUGGAGUUCUUUGAAACCUUUUUACUUAUUGGUACCAAUAAAGAAAUUAACAUUAAGAAAAGAAAUUAAUAUUUUCUUUCUGUAAUCACAAAGCCCAACUGAAACAUGCAUUGGAGAAUUUGUCAUAUGGCGGUUGUAUUUGAGAACAGACUUGUUUACGGGCCAUGUAAGUGUCAAAAUGACUUUUUAUUGCAAAUGAACAUUUAGUUUUAAAUAUUUUAUGAAAUAAAUGGUUUAACCCAAUUGACCAAGUUUUGCAGAAACGAUAGCCAUGAUUUAUGCUUCUACUGAAACCACUGCACAAUUUAGCUGUAAUCAAAUAAUUCAAUCGUCAACCUUCGUGUGUUGUUUAGAUUAAAAGUGCUUCAAAUAUUU